AUUUCAUCCAGCUGUUUAGAAUCUUCAACCUUUGUUUUAUCUUCAUAUGUAAACAUCUAUAUUCCAUCUUGUUGUAACGAUAUACCGUCAACAUGUCUCAAACUUUCGAGACAUUUAUUAAAUUCACAACCGACUCAGUCGGCUUAGAGCGCACAUUCCGGCUCUUCCAAUCCAUCGUCCAAAUCCUCUCCUUCUACUCCAUCCCCUUCGACCUCCUCCUAUACACUCUCAGCAGCAGCACCGGCCAAAUCCCCUCAUCAAGCACCAUCCGCAUAGUCCUCAAAUCCCUAAACCAGCGCCUGGGCCUCGCGCGGCGCUUCUUCCGCGUCUUCCGCUCCCUCGAAUCCUUCAACGCCGCCCAAAAGCUCUCCAACCGGCUCACCUCGCCCAACACCUGGGCAGGCGCAAACCGCGGCCUCCUCGCCAAAGCCGUCCCCUGGAUCGACGUCUUCGGCAAGACCUUCAACGGGCUGUAUCUCCUCCUCGAAGCCUCCACCCUCAUCGACGCGCUGCAAAUCCCGAACCUAGCCCUCUUCUCAACCCCCCAAGAAAAGCUCAUCAGCACCGAAGCCCAGCGCUUCUGGCUCUUCUCCCUCGUCUGCGGCGCUUUAUACCACGCCCUCGAGAUCCCGCUCCUAAUCGCAUACUUCCCACCCCCCAAAAUCGACGAGCCGUCCAAAACACAAAAAGACAUCGACGAGCGCUUAGACAGCGAAAAGAUGAGCGAGAAGGAACACGAAGAGUACCUCGCCCGCGCCUCGGCGAAAAGAGACGAAGCGACGAAGGCGUGGGCGAAGCAGGUCUCGGGUAUGGUCUGGAAGCUGGGACGCGUGGCGAUGGCGAACGCGCUGGAUGUAGUCUUGCCCGGCGUCGCGGUGGGGUGGAUUAAGGCGGACCCGGGGACGGUGGGUGUGGCGAUGCUGGUUACGACGGUUUUGACGAGUGUGGAUGUGUGGGAGCGGUGCGGGCGGGAGAUUCGCGGGGUUAAGGCCGCGGAUGGUGGGUCUUGGGCGAUUCCCCGACGGGCUUGAGGGGACGGUAGUCGUUUGCGACGGAUUCGGGGAUGCCGGGUUUGGUCACCCCGCUUGAGUUUAUUGGAUAGGUAGGUAGGUAGGCUGGUGGUAGGUAUCGGGUUGUGUGAUGUAACGUUGGGAAUAAGAUCUGGGAAUGAGACUUACGGGGGUUGGGGGUUGAUGGGGAUUUGGAUAUAAGAUAGACUUAUAUAGGUGUUAUGUGCGUAUGAUGAGUUUCAUCUAUGAAAAGAAUUCACGAA